UGCAAAAACUAGAGUGAAUUUUCCUGUGACCGGCUGAAUGUGAACGUCUUGUGUUUCGGAUUAAGGAAAAUUUUAGCACAAUGUCGUCGUAUAUAAAUGAUUUCAACAACAACAUCCAGUCCUACUUCAUAAGUAGCACCUACGGAAACGAAACGUUGGUGACCAAUAGUUUGAAUCACCUUGCAUUGGUGACCGACGAACGAGUUUUCGAUGUGUCCGUCUAUGGGAAUAAUGCAUUUUUUGUCAACCUUCACAAGCUAAUGACCACCGGAACGAAAAAAAUGUCCCUACUGUGGUCCGCCUUGUCGGUGCUGGAAGCAGCCGCUCGGUGCGAGGAAACUCGCAAAGCGUUGGUGGUGAAGUUUCACUUCCUGCCGGCUUUAACAAAAAUGCUGGAAGAAAUCCAUAACGGCGAGCAGCAGCAGCGGUUGCUGGCCCUUAUCGAACAACUUACGCAUGGACUACAGCUGGAAAGUCACGAGCCUUACGUUGAAACCUUGCUGUUGAAGUUGCUCGCCCUGAUGGAACAGAAUCACGGUCACAAGGAUAAAACCGAACUGGUUACGUUGGCUCUCUCGAUUUUGGUGAAUCUCUGCUACAUGAACCUGCCCAUGACGUAUCUCUUGACGAAAAAUAUAAGCAUUUCAUCGUUUUGCGGAAAGAUUAAGCAGUUUGGUUUGGUGGCAUGUAAGAUGUACAUUAUUUUGGAGAAAAACGAUUACCUGAAAGAGAUGGACUUGCACUAUCUGUUGAAGAUGAGCUUCAAAGAGGUUCGGAAUGUUUUGGCUUCCGGGAAUAGUUUUGUUUUACGACACGUCGUCGAUUACCUGCAGUACAUUCUUAAACACAACAGUAGAAAUGAUGGUUCGAAGGAAAAUAAUCGUAAUGCGGUUAAUAUUGAGGAUGAGUUUUUUCGGAAAAAUCUCAAAGAAUUCCUGGAGGAUGUUGAUAAGCAUGCAAGCGACAAAACAAAUGAAACCGGGAACGUCUCCACGAGGAAAAAACGGAAAGCAUCAAAUGAAGAUAAAAAGGCAUCGAUGGAGUCGACAAAGGACGAUUGCAUGGAUGUUUUGUUCGAAAUUCUGGAAUGUAUCGUUGCGCUCGAACCAAUUGGUGAAAUUUACUUGAAUUCGAUGGUUGACUUGGCCGCAAAAUGGAUUCAGUCCAAGCAAAGCUGCGCCAAAGCAGUUGAUCUACUUAGAGUUAUUUUGGACAUGACUUCAAAAGGAAAUCAAGCGGAUCAGUGUACGGAAAAGUUUGUAAAUUCCUGCCAGAAACUUCUUAUCGAUCUGCUAUCGAUAGUUAAAAAUAAUGAUGAUAAAAGGUUGCUAAUUUCUCUCUGUAAAUUACUUACAACGAUAGUGAAAGUACAGAACGCUUUACAUUCCGAACUACAGCACAUGGUUGAACCACUGUUUCAGCAUUUCUUUGGCCAUGUUAUGGAAUCGAAACACUCGUUCGAUUAUUCUCUGCCAGACAGUGAUAUUCUCGUGUAUCUAUGGGCAUUACACACAUUUAAUGAAUUCGCAAACGUCGCUCCGACGCUCUGGUUCGCCAAGGUGAACAAUCUACUGAAUCAGAAACCGCUACACUUCCUAAUUGCUAAAGGUUUGACGUCCGGUUGCUUGGAACUCACAGAGGCCAUGUUGCACGUUUCAGCUUCGGUGGAUUUUCCUCGACGAGAAGUUUCCCAAAUGGUCAGCAUGCUAGCGACCAGUUGGCGUGGAGCCCAUCAGUCGACUCCUGGGACAAUGUCAGCAGCUGCGCCGACACCUUGGGCAAACUCGACCGCGAUCAGUCGCGAUCUGCUCGAUCGAAUGAAUCGAACUGCGUCGCACAUCCAGGACGUCAGUGCCGCCGGCCACAUCAACGAUGUGACGAAGGUCGAACUGAUCGAAUUCUAUCAGUUAAAGUUUAACAUGGAGACCCAGUUGAUGGAUGAUUUGCGCGUAAGUCUAGCUGGGAUGUCUUCUCAGAUCAGUAAUCUUAUGCAUCAGAAUCAACUUCUGGCAGCGGAAAUCGAAAAGGUGCAAAGGAAAAAUCUACCCCUGGUGCUGAAAGUGUCGGCACAAGAAGCAGAGAAUCAAUCGCUGGAAAAAGAGUUAAAUCAUAUGAGAUGUGCUACAGCUUCGUAUGAUAAGAAGAUCAAUCAAAUGAAACAAGAACUGUCCGAUUAUAUUAAAAAGGCUAGUGAAAAGACACAACAGUGCGCAGCACUGGCGAAGGAGGUUGAAGCCGGUCGAGUGCGAAAUGAAAACUACGAAAAGGAGAACAAACGGUUGCAGCACGACCUGGCAGAAAUGACCAAAAACCGUGACGAUUCCCGCAAGCUGCUGAAGAUCGCCGAAGAAGAGCGGCAAAAACUGACCGAGCAGAAGACCGUCGACCGUAAGAUGUUCGAAACGAAGAUCCGCGAGCGGGAACGGGAAAUUUCCAAGCACACCGUCCUGAUCAGUCAGCUCGAGCAGCAACUGUCGGAUCGCGAUGCUAAGCUCGAAAAGCACGAGGAAGAAGCGAAGGAUCUGCUCGCGCAGAUCGCCACCAAGGACGAACGGAUCGAGCAGAUCGAGGCUGAACUCAAGGAAAGCGAAAGCAUACAGAAAGCAAUCUAUAGUCUUAUGAACAAGAAGAAAUGA